UUGAAAUUGUCAAAAAAUAAUUCAUCUAUGAUGGAAAGUGAUGUUGAGUGUCCAAUUUGUUCUAAACAUUUUCCAAAAACAAUCAUUGAAGUACAUGUUUCAAAAUGUCUUUUUUUGAACGAAUCAUCUAGUACAGAUUCUCAAUUAUUUUUGAAACGACCACGAACUGACAAUUCUCCAAAAAUGAAAAACUUUAAUUUAAUAAAGAAACCGAAAAAAAGUAAUGGAGGCAAUCAAACGUUUUUAACACCUUCAACACUGUCAGAAAAACGAAAUACAAAUGAUAAUUCUUUAAAUAAUGAAAAAAAUACUGAGAGCUCUACCUCUAGUCUAAAACCAGAGUUAUCAAAAUCAUCAAGUAACUAUGCACCAUUAGCUGAAAAAAUGAGACCUACUUCAUUACUGGAUUAUGUUGGACAAUCUCAUAUACUCGGUAAACAAAGUAUGCUUUUGCAAUUGUUGAACAAAGGAGAAAUUCCCAAUAUUAUUCUUUGGGGUCCUCCUGGAUGUGGCAAAACAUCUUUAGCAAAUAUAAUAGCUAACAAAUGUAAAGGAGAUGUAAAAAAACAAUUACGUUUUGUAAAACUCUCUGCAGCAGUGGCAGGAGUAAGUGAUGUUAAAGAAGCUACAACUAUUGCAGCAAAUGAAUUAAAAUUUGGCAGAAGAACAAUAGUGUUCAUGGAUGAGAUUCAUCGAUUUAAUAAACUUCAACAAGAUAUCUUUUUACCUCAUGUAGAAUCUGGAACAAUUACACUAAUCGGAGCAACAACUGAAAAUCCUUCAUUUAGUUUAAAUUCAGCACUGCUCAGUCGUUGUCGAGUAAUUGUUUUAGAAAAAUUAUCCGUUGAAAAUUUAACGGAUAUAUUGACACGUACUGUCAAAUCAUUAAAAGGAGUAAUAUUUACAAACUCGGCGGAUAUAAACAACUUAUCAGAAGUUCCUCGAUUCCUUAUUGAUGAAAAAACGAUUGAAUUUUUAGCAGAAACAUGUGAUGGUGAUGCUAGAAUAGCACUUGGAGGUUUAGAACUGGCAGUUCAAUCUUAUGUACCAGAAGAAAGUGAAUUCUCUACCAAAGGUCCUGGCAGUAUAUCCCUUGCGGAUAUUAGAGAAGGACUAAAAAAAUCUCACAUGUUGUAUGAUAAAAGAGGAGAUCAACAUUACGAUAUGAUUUCUGCAUUGCAUAAAUCAGUUCGUGCAAGUGAUGAAAACGCAUCUUUGUACUGGUUGGCGAGAAUGAUGGCGGGAGGUGAAGAUCCUGUCUAUAUCGCAAGGAGAAUGGUAAGGAUGGCAUGCGAAGAUGUUGGCUUAAAAGAUCCUAAAGCUCUCGGAAUUGCUGUGCAUACUAUGCACGCAUGCAAAAUGAUUGGAAUGCCUGAGUGUGAUGUUAUACUUGCUCAAUGCGCUAUAUACUUGGCAAGAGCUCCUAAGUCUAGAUUAAUGGAGGAUGCUCUAAGAGCAGCGCAAAGAGUUAUAGCUAAUCAUAAAGGGCCACAGCCUGGAGUGCCUUUGCACCUGAGAAACGCUCCAACAAAAAUGAUGAAAGAGCUUGGAUAUGGGCAAAAUUAUAACAUGAUGGAUCAUAAUGAAUCUGGCCUGACAUAUUUACCAGAAGGAUUAGAGCAUUUGAAUUUUUUUUCAUGAUCAAGAUUCAAUGACUUCAUCAAUGAAAGCAAAUUAAAGAUGAAAACAUAUAAAUCUAUUUUUGUACUUAAUUUUUCAUUUUAUUUGAUCUGUUGAUUUUGAAAUGAUAAAAUAUUCAUCCAACAAGUUUAAGUAAGUAUUAAUUGUCUUCCUUAGUAGCUAUUAAUAGCAGAUGUAUAAUGUAUAUAUUUAAUUCAUCAUUCUUAAUUGGUACUUUUAUCAUUAAAAUUUUCAUCUCGAUUUUCUCAUUGAUAAACAUGUAACAACUCUUCAAACUGUGUACAUAUUUUAUAUUUUGAAAUAUUAGUCCAAGACAUAAGACUAUUAGUAUUGGAAUCAUUUAUGAGAAAAAUAUUGAUACAUCUAUUUCAUUAAUAGUAAGAAAGAUCGUUAGAAUCCAUAAAAGAAACCCUCAAUUUCUGUUAUUUAGUGUUACAUAAUCGUAGUAAUGAACAUAUUAUAUUAUUUUUGUAAAGUCUAUUUAUUAAAAAACUGUUUAAAACAGAAAAAAAAAUAGAAAUGAAUCAAAACAAUUUUUAACUGUUAUGAUGAAGAGUUAAGCAACAAUUCGAUAAAUAAAGCAAGAAAAUGAGAAAAAAACAUAUCUGUAUAUAUGGCUUAAAUUUAAAUUUUUUUAAUUUUUAAAUGUUUCUCUCUCUCUUUUUUAUUGUUUCUUAUCUCAUUUGAUAUGUUUCAGUGUUAUAACGAUAUAGAUUUUAUUUGAAAUACCUGAAUAAAUUAUAAGUUGUAUUAUCUCCUUAAACUUCUCUAAAGUUUUUAUUUAUGCUAUUUUUAUGGAUAUUUUGCUAUUAUCCAAAAGAUGUGCUCCAACACCUGCUUAUAGAUGUUGAGAGACACUUUCCAACACCAGCUGCAAAAAUUGGUCAUCAAUAUGAGAUCAUAAGAAAAGAAUAAAAUAAAGAUUAUAUCAAAAAUAAUAUUGCAUGUCUCACUUGAAGACUAUUGCACAGCUGUUUAGUUUCUUCGAGUAUUUCUCUAACAAAAUGUGUUGAUUCUUAGUGCUGUUUACAUUAGACAUGUUAAGUUUAUAAUUAUUGGUUGGAAAAUAAAGUAACUAUAAUAAAAUUACGUUAGUUCCAUUUUUAGACUGUCAAUAUAAAAAUUAUUUUAAUGAAUUCAAUAAAAUUAAAAUUAAAUUUUUAAUAAGCAGUAUUUAAUGUUAAUUAUAAUUCCGUGAGGUAUACAAUUAUCAUUCUGAUAACUAUUAAGAUUACAUCUUUCUGUUCUUGUUCCAUUAUCUGCAUGUACUUCCUUUUUUGUCAUGAAACUAUUUUUUAAUGUAAUGGGUAAGCGGAAACCUGUAGAGAUAUUCAACGUCUUAAAGUUAUUAAACCACUUUCUUUGUAAUCUUUAUCGCAUA